AUGUUGCGGAACAUGGCAUCGAUUUCAACGACGAUAUUGCUUCUGAUAUUGAGUAGAGAAUUCACGAUUGGCAGCAUAAGAGUCGACGAGACGAGGGAAAACCGAGAAGGCGAACUCGUCGGCGGAUCGAGAAAGUUUCGCACCGAAUUCCUCCAAGAGUGGCCAACGCCAGGAACUGGGCCUUAUUUUGAUACCUCCGUCCCAACAAACAUUACGGGGCUCGUGGGCAAAACGGUCAUGCUCAACUGUAAGGUGAAAAACCUCGGCAAUCGAACGGUUUCCUGGGUUCGACAUCGGGACAUCCACUUGCUCACCGUCGGCCGCUACACUUACACCUCCGACCAGCGCUUCGAGGCCAUGCACUCUCCCCAUACGGAGGAAUGGACCCUUCGUAUUCGGUAUGCGCAGCGCAAGGACUCCGGCAUUUACGAGUGUCAAAUAUCGACCACGCCACCAAUCGGACACUUUGUCUAUCUCACGAUAGUGGAACCAGUGACAGAGAUUAACGGUGGCCCUGAUUUAUUUAUCAAUAAAGGCUCGACGAUAAAUCUCACCUGCAUCGUGAAGUACGCUCCCGAGCCGCCACCAGCUGUCGUGUGGAAGCACAACCGUGAUGACAUUAAUUUUGACUCGCCCCGGGGAGGCAUUUCACUCGUCACCGAGAAGGGCAUCCUGACGACCAGCCGACUGCUCGUGCAGAAGGCGAUCGCGAGUGACUCCGGGCUAUACACCUGCGAACCCUCGAACGCUAAUCCGGCCUCCGUGCGAGUGCACAUACUAAAUGGAGAACACCCCGCGGCCAUGCAUCACGGCAUCUCUACCAUUCUCUCCGGGCCCAGUUUGGUCGCGUUUGUGCUCUCUACCAUCCUGCUCUUCUACCAUCACAGUAUCCGGUGGAAGUACUUCCGACUGACGUAG